UUGUUUUUUCACCCCAGAGAAUAUUUCUGCGCACUUCCUGUACAUUCGUAUCGGGGGUUUUGGUGAUGGGCAGUGGACUGGAACAGCAAAGAGGACAGAGCUGAAAACUGGAGACAACUUUUGGCCUCGAUUCUUCAGUGUCCUGUUGUAGGUGAAUGGAACGUCAGCCCAUCAUGAACCACCAGAACAGAAACUACGGGGUUGUCAACCCGGGCUUUGUCCCGACUGCUGAGGGAACGCCCGCCAUGUUUGCUCCGCCCACCGCAGAAGGCCCCAGUGCUCCUCCGGCCAGCAUGUUUGACAGCAUGCCGGGGUAUGAAGGCACCAUCGCAGGAGGAGGUGGAUUCCUCCCCCCCCCCAUGCCUGCCCACCCACUCCCCGUGCCUGAGCCUGGACCUGAGCAGCCACACUGGACCAUUCCGUCCAUCAGUGAAGACACUGCGCGGGAGGCCUUUGUCCUGUUUGCGUCCAGCAAGUGCUGCUACAGUAAAGCACCGGCCAAGGACGGAGUCAUCACCAACAUGGAGGCCUUCAACACAUACAGGUACCGUCUGGAAACCUUCAAUGAAACCAGAUCCACCGAGUGGAACCACGAGCCGUACAAAGGUCAGCCAGUGGAUGCCUACUCUCAGCCCCCCCCAGGGCCCUGGGAUAUUCCCACUAAAACGCCCACUUUUUUCGUGGAUGACAAAGACAUUGUGAAGGUGCCGUACACCUCCUCAGUGAAGAACUGCCACGCCUGCGUGGGGAUGGGGCGGAAGCCCUGCAAAGACUGUGCUGGUGCUGGUAACAAAGUCUGUUGGGUGUGCAACGGAUCUGGGUAUCGCCACGGAGACGACCGCUGUAACCACUGCAGCGGCCGAGGGAGGGAGAACUGCAGCCACUGUCAGGGACAGGGUUCCAGAACAUGUGAAGUGUGUCAAGGGAAACAACAGCUGUUGGUCUACAUCCGCCUCACCGUCAAAUGGACCGACAACACUGACAACUACGUUGUCGAGCAGCGGAGUGGACUGCAGGCCAACAACCUCAGCUCUGUGUCUGGGAAGGAGCUGUUCAGAGACACCCAAUACAUGGUGUAUCCAGUGAUUGGUUUCCCAGACCCUGCAGUGGUCGGUGCUGCCCAGCGCCUGGUCAGUGAACAUCAGGCCAAGUACUCCCAGACGUCACGCAUUCUUCAACAGCGUCAGACCAUCGAGCUGAUCCCUGUCACCAAGGUGACGUACCUGUGGAAAGGAAAAUCUCACAUAUACUUUGUUUAUGGAAACGAGUUCAAAGUUCAUGCAGAUAACUAUCCUGCCACCUGCUGUUGUUCUGUGAUGUGAUUGGAUGGUUCAGUCAGAGGGACCCACGUGUUGAGAACCGUACAGUCACAUUUCCAUACAGUUCAUUUUGGUUCAGUUUGUCUGUAAUGACGGUCAGUUAUACUGAGUGAUUUUUAUUCUACUAACACUUCAAAGAUGAAUGUCGUGUAUUUUUAUAGUAUUUUCACAGAAACAUUUAACACAUGAAGUUCUGUCUGUUUUAAUCAUCGUUAUUGUCCUCACCAGGACAUAACAACACAGUAUGUCAAUAAAGUCACAUUAUUAGGUCGCAGGUUCAAAUCCACCGGCCACCAGGGGGCUCCCCCGAGGGGCUCAGCUUGAGCUGCCCCCCCCCAUCCUCACCAAGGUGAUGGGUUGAAGACUGCACACUUUUACACUUAUGGAAAAAAACAGUUUCUGAUUUAGUUUACAGUGGUUUAAAUCCCAUUCUGACCACGGACCAUGUGACCACGGACCAUGUGACCACGGACCAUGUGACUCUAUCUGUUCUGCAUUUAUCAGUUUUGUUGCACUAUCUGUGUUGUUUGUUUUUCCUUGUUCUGUAAAAUUAACUCCAAAUGUUCCUAAAGUAAUUCUUAUAUUUUGAUAUCACUCAGAAAUUUAUAUCUGCUUUGCAAUGAUUUGACUGUUACUUUUGAUAAUAUUUUUACGAUUUGCAGGACAGUAGUAAUAUCAUGUAUUUAACAAUAUCUGCAAUUGAAAAAUAAAUCAAAAUGCAAAUAUCAAAAA